GAAGUUGUUUUCUUCUUCUCCGGGGUUUAAAUUAGAUUAAUUUGUGAGUAAGAGAUAAAAAAAAAAAAAAAAAAAGAAAAAGGAAAAAAGAUGAAGGUGUUGUGGCUGAUCUUACUAUCGUAUGCUCUGUGUCACCGUGUGUUGGCCGAUCAGAUCUUCUCUGGUCACGUAGGCACAUUUGGUCACAGCUUUCGCGAACCAAAGUACAAGAUUGAAUUCCAUCCAGAAGAUUCACCUUUUCACCCUGAUGAUGACCAGGAGUCCGUGAUUAUGCCUGAUAAAAAUGGAGAGAAUUUUUUAUGCUUUUUGCCUAAGGUUGAGAAAGCUAAGAGUGGAAAGCCAGUUACUCAGCACAAUAUAAGCAGCAUGGUUGUGGAAACUGAGAAGCGAAUUAAAAUGAAGACACCAGAUGAGCUGCUUGAAGUACUGAAGGACCGAUGCCUUAUAAGACAAGAAGGUUGGUGGUCAUAUGAAUUUUGCUAUCAGAAGAAGUUAGUUCAGGUUCAUGUGGAGGAUGAAAAGGUGGUUCAGGAGUUUGUCUUAGGUCAGUAUGAUGCAGAGGCUACAGCUGCUUUCAACCAGAAUAUAUCUGAAAUUUCUACACUGGAAGAUCCUCGCUCAAAGGAUGCAUCUCAAAGGUAUCAUGCUCAUCAGUAUACCAAUGGAACCAUAUGUGAUCUUACAAAUGAGCCACGACAGACAGAGGUGAGAUUUGUAUGCUCUGAGCCCAGAACUAUGAUUAGUUCUAUUACAGAGCUGUCCACUUGCAAAUAUGCGCUUACGGUUCAAUGCCCAAUGCUUUGCAACCACCCAUUGUUCCAAGAAGAGAGACCAGUGUGGCACACCAUUAACUGUAAUGUGCUUCCCAAAGAUUAUAAGCAAACAAAAGUGGAGGAAGAAUCCAAAGAACAGAAGAUCAUAUUAGUCACGGACAAUGAAGGUCCAUCUAUUUAUGAUUCGGAAGAGUGACAUAUAACUGUUAAGUAGAGAGUUUGUCAAUAUGAAUUAAACAAGAGUGACAUAUAACUGUUUAUCUAUUUCAUUUGCCCACCAAUGCAAUAGAUAGAUAAUCCUUUUUUUUUUU